AAAUCCGUUUGGGUCAUUAUUAUCCAUGAAAAAUCUCUGUGAUGCAGAAUUAAAGCCGUAUUUAAAGUAACAAAUACUUAAUGCUUUUCUUCUAUGAUCCAAUCAAUUGUUUCAGAAAAUGGAGUUCGAAAACCGGUACGGGCUUUCAUCCACGCAGAAGUACGACUGUCUAUUGUUCGAUUUGGACGAUACUCUUUAUCCUCUUAGCACUGGACUCGCAAGAGAAUGUGGGAAGAACAUCAAAGAUUAUAUGGUCGAAAAACUCGGUAUACCUAAGGACAAAAUCGUUGAAUUGUCUAAUCUUCUUUACAAGAACUAUGGAACAACAAUGGCCGGUCUUAGAGCGAUCGGAUAUGACUUUGACUACGACGAAUAUCACACCUUCGUCCACGGUCGUUUCCCGUACGACAACAUAAAACCAGACCCUGUUCUCCGAAGCAUCUUGCUUAGCCUUCCUCUCCGCAAAGUCAUAUUUACCAACGCGGAUAGAGUUCACGCGGCCAAGGCGUUGAAGAAGUUGGGAUUAGAAGAUUGUUUCGAAGGGAUCAUAUGUUUCGAAACGCUUAACCCGACGCACACAAACGCUGCGUCUGAAAAUUCUGAGAUAUUCGAUAUCGUUGGACAUUUCGAUCGGUCUGAGCCGGUCGGUUCACUCCCUAAAACGCCUAUUGUGUGUAAACCGUCUGAAUCCGCUAUUGAGAAAGCUCUCGAGAUCGCCAAUAUUGAUCCUAGCCGAACGCUGUUCUUUGAGGACAGUGUUCGAAAUGUACAAGCUGGAAAACGCGUUGGUCUUCACACGGUUCUGGUUGGUUCACCAAACAAAGUCAAAGGAGCAGAUUACGCCUUGGAAAACAUUCACAACAUGAAGGAGGCAUUACCGGAGUUAUGGGAAUCCGACAUAAAAUCGUCGGAUGUUGGAUAUUCCGGCAAGGUCGCCGUUGAGACAUCUGUUAGAGCUUAGAACUGUUUUACCGUUGUACCUAAUUUUCAUCAACUAUCGUUUUCAUUUUUUUUCAAAUGACCUAUGUCAUUUUUGUUUUUCGAGCUGUGUUUAUAUAUUUAAAUAAAAUCAAUAAAUAAUUGCCCUUUACAAGAGAACUGAAUACAUUUAAAUCGUUG